AUGUCAUCAACAAGGGAUGUUCAAUUUCAGAUGAAAAUAUGCAAAGUGUUAACUGCUUAUGUGGUCAUACAAAUGUUUAUAUUAGCAAUAGACUUAAGGGUGGAGAAAAGCAAUGGAGCAAAUGUAAAUAUGAAAACAAGGAAUAUCACGUAUACGGUUGAAAUACCAAACAAUUGCAGCACGGUUAUAAGACAAAUUAGUUCAUCCAGUCAAAAACGAAGUGCUCAAAAUGCAAGUCAUAUCUAUUGCAAUGGUCGAUACAAAAUUUACAAUAACUAUUUUGUGGUUCUUUCUAAAGUUAUCGUAGAUCCCAGCAAGUGCACCGGAAAACGAAAAGGAGGCGAAGAUGUAAGUGAAGUGUUAAAUCAAACCGAAAGUGAUGAAUACUGUAUCGCAGAACCAGGAUUUUUUAAAAUGUCAUGUGAACAGAAACCUUACCAUCUAUUUUUAAAUAAAGGGCAUUUUAGACAAUGGGAUGCAUCUCUUGAAAUCGUAAAUGAAAGCACAUUAGUGAAUUACACAGAACAGGAUGUUACUUUUGCAAUUGUCCGACGAGAUUAUGCCAACUUGUAUUGGGUUAUAGUUGAUCUCUAUGAUAUAUAUCACGUGGCACAUUUGCUAAAUCUUGAUAUCAAACGUAUUGAAAUAUUGAUUGUGGAUGCUCACCCAAGCACGCCACUUGAUCAACUUUGGUUACAACUAUUUCCAAAAGUAACAAGAGUAAGCCAUCUUACUCACAAAGUGUUGUGCGGCAACCUAGUGUGGGGUAUGCGUGGUUUAGACAGUCCACUUGUGAAAUAUAAACCUACAGAGAAACUUUUCUUACAGGAAUUUAGAUAUUUUGUUUUAUCACAGAUAAAGCAUUCAUCAAAACUUCAAGAACUUAAUUGUAAGAACAUAACAAUUACAAUAGUUUUCAGAAGAGAUUAUGUCGCUCAUGCGCGGAAUCCAUCUGGCAGAGUAAACCGUAAAAUGUCAAACGACCUUCAACUUUUACAAAGUAUUUCUAAUAUAUUUAGAGGUCAUAACGUAAAAGGUGUUCAAUUAGACAUUUUACCUGUUGAGGAACAAAUUCAUCUGGCUGCUCAAACAGAUAUUCUUGUAGGAAUGCACGGAGCAGGACUCUCUCAUAGUGUAUUUUUACCUAGUCAUGCGGCAUUAGUCGAACUUUUUCCAUUGGAUUUUCAGACAUUUAGUCAUUUUCAGUUUAUAGCGAAAUGGAGAAAUUUAACAUAUGCAAUGUGGAAAAAUAGAAACAGCGGACGAGAAAAGGACAAAGAUUCUACAACAGUUGACAUUCCAAGUAUACGUUCAAUAAUUGAUAAAGUCUAUAGCAAGAUGUGUAAGGGUGAGAAUUGA